AUGCUGAGAUGCUUGGGCUAUUCUAAUGUGGAGAUUAUCCCACAUCGGUUGUUUGAUGCAAUCCCAUUUCUCAAGUACAUGAUCUAUACUCCAACGUACCAUAGUUUGCAUCAUGAUGAGAUGAACUCAAACUACUGCCUUUUCAUGCCGCUUUUCGACGCUUUAGGAAACACAUUGAACGAAAAUUCAUGGGAUGCCCACCGUAAAAACAGUUUAAAUUCAGAUAAAAACGGAAGGGUACCCGAUUUUGUGUUCCUUGCUCAUGCGGUUGACCUGUCGUCCGGCAUGCAUGCCCCUUUUGUAAGCCGGUCAAUAGCAGCCUUGCCUUACUGCACGAGAAUUUACAUGUUGCCAUUUUUGCCCCUGUCGUUUUUGGUCAUGCUAAUCAUGUGGGCUAAAUCAAAGACAUUUUUGAUAUCGUAUUAUAACCUUAGGGGUCGGUUGCACCAGACAUGGUCUGUUCCGCGGUUCGGUUUUCAGUAUUUCUUGCCGUUUGCUGCCGAGGGCAUAAAUAAUCACAUUGAAGAAGCUAUUCUUAGAGCUAAUCGGUUGGGAGUCAAAGUCAUCAGCCUUGCUGCUCUGAAUAAGAAUGAGGCUCUUAAUGGAGGCGGAACACUGUUUGUUAACAAGCACCCGGACCUUAAAGUUCGAGUCGUGCAUGGGAACACUUUAACUGCAGCCGUAAUCCUAAAUGAAAUCCCUCAAAAUAUGACUCAAGUAUUUCUGACCGGUGCCACUUCAAAGCUCGGUCGAGCUAUUGCUCUCUAUCUUUGCAGAAAACGAGUCCGAGUCCUGAUGUUGACUCUAUCGACCGAACGAUUCAGAAACAUUCAGAAAGAAGCACCGGCUGAUUGCCAAAAGUAUCUUGUCCAGGUGACUAAGUACCAAGCAGCCCAAAACUGUAAGACAUGGAUAGUGGGCAAGUGGAUCACACCAAGACAGCAAAAUUUCGCGCCGUCUGGAGCUCAUUUCCAUCAAUUUGUUGUCCCUCCGAUUUUGCAGUUCAGACGAGAUUGCACUUAUGGCGACCUUGCUGCCAUGAGGCUACCCGACGAUGUUGAGGGGCUCGGCUCAUGCGAGUACACGAUGGAGAGAGGUGUGGUCCACGCGUGCCACGCUGGCGGCGCGGUGCAUGCCUUGGAAGGAUGGACACAUCAUGAAGUUGGGGCUAUAGAUGUUGACCGGAUUGACUUAGUCUGGGAGGCUGCAAUGAAGCAUGGGUUGAAGCCGGUCUCAAGUGCUGCCAGAUAG